UGGAUAGAUUUUGUCAUUAAAAAAUAUUUAGUAUUACUCUAAGGUUUUAUAAAGAGAAAUGGUUUUCGUACCAUAAAUAUUGAUAAAUCUAUCGAACAGAUAACUGUUAAAAUAUAUUUUGAUUUUAAGGUUUUAGGGUUUAGACUUGAAACAUCAUUUAUUUUUAAUUUUCAGCUCCAUUUUGAUUGACAGCUUUCAACCCAACAACCAAAAUAUCAGACCAUUAAUUCUUUAAUUUAUAAUAAUCUAAAUAAAUAAAUUGAAGAAAUGGCAACGGAAUCUUCGGAGGGAGAGGAAGAAACGAGACUGAUGGGAGGAAACCCGCAGUUAGUGAUCGACGGGGAUCUCCGUGAGAUGGCGAAAACCGCUGCUUGGAGUGUUAGCUCUUGUAAACCUGGCAAUGGCGUUUCCUGUCUCAGAGAUGAUAAUUUUGAAACUUAUUGGCAAUCGGAUGGUGCACAACCGCACCUAGUUAACAUUCAGUUUCAAAAAAAAGUUAAGCUUCAAUUAGUUGCGCUUUAUGUUGAUUUUAAUCUUGAUGAGAGUUAUACACCUAGUAGGAUUGCAAUUCGUGCUGGAGAUGGUUUUCACAAUUUAAAGGAAAUAAAAACCGUAGAACUAGUCAAACCAACUGGUUGGGUAAACAUAUAUUUAUCUGGAAGUGAUCCACGGGACGCUUUUGUAAAUACCUUCAUGUUGCAAAUUGGUAUAUUGUCAAAUCAUCUCAACGGCAGGGACACACACGUCCGCCAGAUAAAAGUCUAUGGACCACGACCGAACCCUAUACCACACCAACCAUUUCAAUUCACUUCAACUGAAUUCAUUACUUACUCAACUUUGAGAUGAGGAAUCUAAAGGCUCUUAGGUACAGUUCGCCUUCACAGUUAAAUGUACACCAUCUCAAGUAUAUGGCAAAGGUGUUUGUGUUGUUUCUUUAUUAGUAUUUUGAGCAAAGAAUAGAGAAUGGUGCCGAGAUUAGAUACCAUUGUUGUUGAAUGGUACACAAUGUGGAAUAGACAACAUUGACCAUUUAAUUUGCAGUUCUCCACCUUUUAGUUUUUUUUUUUUUUGUUUUUGUUUUUUUUUGUUGGUUGGAUCUGUGACAGAGUAUCCAGCUUGCGAUGGCCUGUAGUUUAUUAUUAACAUUGUUAUUUAUAGAUUGAAUUUGAAUCAA